CUGGUUGCCAGCCAGUAGCGAAGAUGCUUUAUUUGUCUUUUUCUAAUUCACCUUUCCAGGAAUUCAGACGCUUGAGAGUCGAGGUGUGCCCGCUUUACUGCUCGCCGUGUCGGAACACCUGAAUGGAGAAGCUCCUCCUGGUGAAGCUUUGACACGACGCUUUGUAAUCUCAUUAUCUGUGCUACUCAGACGAGCGUUUGAGAGGGAGCCCAGCACUAAUCUCACCAGGAACAUUUUGUAAGAAGGUUGCGUAACGUUUCAUCUCCCAAAAGCGAGUAGAUCACUUGUCGCCACAUGCGACACAGCCACGCGCGACACACAGAAAGCAUCCACAAUUCACCGCUAUCACAUUUGCCGUGAAUGCGGUCGCGCCUCAUUUUUUGUUUGUUGUUGUGAGCUGAUAUCAGCCUUUUUCGAGGGUUGGGACAAACUGAAAGAGCACUCAAGUUCAUGACCCCAGAAUUAAAACAUCUUCCCUCAAUGAGGCAAAAAGCGAACGGAUGGGUGGAGCUGAGGGGUGUGGCCUGAGAAGCCUUCCUCCUCAUCAGAGUUUUGUCGUCCAUCGGAGCGUUGUGAUGGGUAACGAUUCCAAGGUCGGCAGUUCGUGUUACCCCCCCAAAAUGGACAUCGCAGCUGUGUUUUGAUGCCCACCAGCAGUUUGGAAACUUGAUGAAAGCAUCACCAAAGAUGCCUGCAGGACAGAUCCAGGUAGCCAGCCCCAAACUCCACCACAGCCUUUACAGCCUGACCGACAGCUCAGACCCCGAACCGGAGGGUGAGGAAGCAGAUGGCCCGCUGUGCCUUACCCCGCUGCAGAAGCUCACGAUGGACAUGCACAAGGACGACCGAACCAUCAAGGAACUGGUCAUCGGCCGCAGGGUCGGCUUCUACAAAGUCAGAGGAGAGAUUGGCCACGGGACCUUCUCCAGAGUCAAACUGGCUUUUCAUGCGCUCACAAAAGAUAAAGUGGCCCUUAAAAUCCUGGACAAGACGAGAUUUGACAACCAGGCCCAGCGACUUCUCUCCAGGGAAGUCGGCAGCAUGAACUCCUUGCAGCACCCCAACGUGAUCCGUCUCUAUGAAGUCGUGGAGAUGCCGAGCCGCCUCUACCUGGUGCUGGAGUACGCCGGUGGCGGAGACCUCCACAACAAGAUUUGCAAUGAGGGAAAACUUGCCGACAACACCAGCAAGAUCACAUUCUCCCAGAUUCUCUCAGCCAUUAAAUAUAUGCACAACAAUAACAUCGUCCACCGAGACCUGAAGGCCGAAAAUGUUCUGUUCACCGCCAGCGGCUGCGUGAAGGUGGCAGACUUUGGAUUCAGCACGCAGGUUUCCAAGCGCAGCGAUACGCUGGACACCUUCUGCGGCUCGCCCCCGUAUGCCGCCCCGGAGCUCUUCAGGGACGAGUGCUACCUGGGCCCUCCCGUGGACGUGUGGGCAAUGGGGGUCCUCCUUUUCUUCAUGGUGACCGGCACCAUGCCGUUUCGUGCCGAAACCAUGGGCAAGCUGAGGCGAUGCGUCAUCCAGGGCACCUACAGUAUCCCCCCCUGGGUUCCCGGCCCCUGUCAGAGGCUCAUCAGGGGCAUCUUAAAGGCAGAUCCCCUUGAGCGUUGUGCCGUUGACCAGAUGCUGGGUUGCGAUUGGCUAUUGCCUGUGGAAUUCCCAUGGUCCUUGGCAUCUCCGGAACCAGCCAGCCCACUGCAAGGCCUGUCGGAUUCGGAAAGUAGAGACCUUGUGGAGGAGGAGGAGACGGAGGAGGUCAGGUGCUCCCUGGAGAAGCUGGGGUUUACCUCGGCACACCUGCUGAACAAUCAUUUGAAUAACUGCCGCAGCCCCCUUACGGGGGUCUAUCGAAUCCUGCUGCACCGGGCGCAAAGGAGGAGGGGCUGUGACAGUCUGCCGGUGGUUCGAGGGAUGGUGAGGGACCCCAAGCGGGAGGGACUUCGAGCAUACCGGGGCCUCAGGCACACCUCCAAACUCUGCGUGCUUUCAUAAUAUAAAGAUCUCCGUUCAGCGGAUCUUUGGACUGAUACCAGUUUUGUGUUUCUGUUGAUUUCAAUCGUUUUUCUACAGACCCGCCCAAAGGUAUUGCAACGGCACGGUCAAUUCCUCUGGUUUUGUUCUACGCCGAAAGCACUUGGGUUUCACAUCAAAUAUGAAUUUGAGACAAAAGUUCAGAAUUCGAGGUUUUAAUCCCUGGGAUUCACAUCUCGAUGUGUUAAACGACUCUUAUUCAAAAAUGUCCCCAUAAGGUUUUUUUGGGGGGGAUAACUUACAAUACAAUACAAGAGAUGUGCAUUUUCUAAUUCUCUGUUUCCUUGAUUCCACAUCCUCUCCGAUGUUGCUGUAUUUUUACUUGUUUUUAAGUCAAUAUAUCUAAAAAAUACAAGGUC